AACAGUGAGAAUACAGCCUAAACAAAAUACAGAAAUAACAAAUUACAAAUGGUGAUUUAAUUUGUUAAAAGUGCCGCUAUAGUCGGUAAACUGUGACAGUUUGGGUUUCGGUCUUGUAACUUAAAAAUAUGGUUUACACGGUUUACAAAAUGUUUGUUAUAUUUGUAUUUUAAAAAUCCAAGAUAGCUGCUCCCCACUUCCAUUGUAGUUGUUUAUUAGCACUUUAUUUGUGCAUUUAUACUUAAAAUGUAGUGUUAUAAGUAUAAGCAUUAGGUCUGGAUAUCAUGAAGGUACAUUCAGGGAGAUGUUAUUAAAAGUGGCAGAAAUUAAAUAUAUAAAAACCCCAUCUUUACUGAUGCUGUUGCUUGUACAUCCACAGCUAGCUAGUCCCCACUUCACAUCCAGCUGAAUGUAAACAACCUGGACAAACCAAGGACUUCCUGGUUUUACUCUCUUGGACCACAGAGGUUCCGCCCAUGGAGGUUGCUUUUGAAAGGAUUGCUGGAGGUCAAUCAGUCGAGGAGCAGUCGUGACAUUGCUUAGCUUCACCUUCAAUCCAGAGAGACAUAAUGUACGGGCUGCUGUGCGAGAGCCUUCACGACUUCAUCAAGGAGUCGUAUGGAGAUGAUGUGUGGAAGCUGGUCAGGGAGAGAGCAGAUGUCAGGUUGCACUCAUUUGUCACCCACCAGGUGUACAGUGAGAGUGUUAUUCCCCGGAUUGCAAAGGCAGCCAGUGGAGUGACUGGCACGCCGUACAAUGAGCUGAUGAACUCCUGGGGCGUGUACUUUCUGGGAUUUGUAGGAAAGUAUGGAUACGACCGGAUCCUUAAGGUGCUGGGUCGUCAUGUCCGUGACUUUGUCAACGGCCUGGACAACCUCCACGAGUACCUGCGCUUCAGCUACCCCAAGGUGCAGCCACCAACCUUCUUCUGUCAGGAGGAGUCUGCCACUGGAGUCACCCUCCACUACAGGAGUAAGCGUAAAGGCUACCUGCACUAUGCCAUGGGUCAGCUGCGGCAGAUGGGCAAACAGUUCUACGACACUGACAUCCACGUGGAGGUGCUGUCUGAGCAGAUGGUCGGAGAUUAUUCCCACGUCACGAUGAGGCUCAACUUUGACAACUCAGCCUAUCGCUACAUUAUGAAGGAGGAUGAGGAGGAGCAGGAGAUUUUGCCAAUCACCUCCGAUUUCUUCUUUGAGGUCUUCCCCUUCAACACUGUCUUCAGACAGGACAUGGUGGUGCAUAACGUGGGUUCAGGUCUGGCCACGGUCUUUCCUGAUCUGGAUGGGAAGAAGAUCACUGAUGCGUUCUUGUUGGCUCGCCCCCUGGUGGAGUUCACAUGGAACAUGAUCAUUUCUCAUCCCAACAACCUGUUUGAGAUCAUGUCCAAGGAGCCUGUGAAGAGAGAGAGGAACCUCCACAACAGAGUUCAGAAUUCCGACUAUGAAAAUGCCAACCGUUCUGCUGAUGUAGACGUGGAGCUCAUGGCCUUCCAGUCCAUCAUCGGAGAUGAUUACAAAGACGGCAACAGUGCUAAUGCCAUGGAGAGCUGGGGUGAUGGAAGCCGCUGCCUGAAACUGAAAGGACAAAUGAGAUACAUGCCGGAGUGGGAGUCAAUCAUCUUCCUCGGAACUCCUGUGAUGGAGAGUCUGAGUGCCAUGUUCAAAACGGGCCUUUACAUCAACGACCUCAGCAUGCACGACUCCAGCAGAGACCUGGUUUUGGCAGGGACUCAGCAGUCAGAGGAGCUGAAGAGAGCUCUCAUACAGGAGCAAAAAAAGUCCAGUAAGCUGGAGGAGAGCAUGAAGAUGCUGGACUACGAGAUGAAGAAAACCGACGACCUCUUGUACAGGAUGAUUCCAAAGCCAGUGGCUAAAAGGCUGCGCAAAGGAGAGCCUGCUGUAAACACUUGUGAGGUAUUCCCAGAUGUGACCAUUCUCUUCAGUGAUGUGGUGGGCUUCACUCGCAUCUGCAGCCACAUCACUCCAAUGCAGGUGGUGUCCAUGCUCAACACCAUGUACACACUGUUUGACACACUCAGUGAGAAGCCCCUUGUCUUCAAGGUUGAAACCAUUGGCGAUGCCUACAUGGUGGUGGCUGGAGCUCCAGAGAAGACAAAAUAUCACGCUCAUAACAUUUGUGACAUGGCUCUGGACAUGGUGCGCUCCAUCGAUCAUCUUAAAGAUCCCUCCAAUGGCAACAACAUACAGAUUCGUGUCGGAAUCCACUCAGGCAUGGUUGUGGCUGGAGUGGUGGGACAUAAGAUGCCAAGAUAUGGUCUGCAUGGUGACACCGUCCACACUGCAUCUGCCAUGGAGAGCAAUGGAAAGGAGAUGCACAUUCAGCUCAGCAGCGCCACCUAUGAGCACCUGAAAGGAAGCCACUUCAUUUUUGAAAGGCGGGGCAUCAUCACCAUCAAGGGAAACGUUGAGAUUGAGACUUACUGGCUGAAAGGAAAGCGGGACAAGGACGGGAACGCUCAGGCGGCGUGUCCACAGUUCGAAACUCAGACCAUCAGCAAGGCCAUCAGCAAGGCUACCAUCUCGGCCCCUGAGCCUACGGGAAAUGAAGAGGGACUGGUAAAACAUUCAGUUUUUCCUUUGGUGGCGGGGGAAGACGAGGACGAUGUCAAGUCUAUUCGCUCUCAUCGCAUAAAGAUGGCGAUAUCCGGCCAUUCUCUGGAGGAGUCCAUGGAGGAGUGUAGGGUGGAGGAGAUGUCUGUUCAUAAAGAUGCUUUGCAGGACGGCCUUCAGGACCCUCACCUGGAAAUGGACUUGCCACAGUCAGAUAGAGACUCCAUCAUGGAUUCCCAUGAAAGCUCCUGUGACUCCCGUUGCUCCAAAAGUGCCAUGUGCUCCAUGUCCUGAGCUACAGAGUAGAAAAGGCUCCAGAGCAGACGCUUGCUAACACCGCAGCCAGUAAUAGAUAUUUAUUACUGUUUAAUAAUUUAUUUUUAUUUUUAUUAUUUUUUUAAAUGCAUGUGCUCAAAGCACCAACUGUUAUUUUAGGUUUUGCUGUUUCCAAACCUUUUUUUUAUAAGGUCGUUUUGCGACGAUGGUGCCGGAAUCUCCGGGGCGACGCUUUGUUUGACUUAGACUUAGACAACAUUUAAUCUCUAGUGUCGUGUGUUUGGUGUAAACGCUGCACAACAAAUGCGUCAGUGCUUGUUUAGCUGUGGUAAUACAGAAAUCAAUCAGCGCCAUUAGUGUUAAUUUUACACCUGAUUGUGUGGAGCAGCUGUCUCCGAGCUCCGUCAGUCCCAGGAGAAAUCAGACACUCCUCCAAUUAAUAUCUCCAAUCAGCCGCUGCCAGGAACUUCAACGGGAAGUUUCCCACUGUAAUGAUAUGAGAAAGUGUUGACCCCAUAGGGUUCAGCUGGACACGGGCGUCUGUAAUUUCCUGCAGUAUUUUUUUCCGUGGUGCCUUAUAGAUGUGACAUAUUGUUUUACUCAGCGAGGAGAGUGAUUUCUCAGAGUCUUUCUCUCUUUCUUUCCUCUCGCCUCUGCACCUCACUUUGUUGGAUUCAUUAUUCUGUAUCAGCCUCCUCAAAUGCACAGUCACAGCAUAAUAAAAACACUUGUCAGCUUGGUGAAAAAAAUAAAUAAAAAGAGCUGAGUGCUGAGGUGCCUGUGGUUACCUUUUCUUUUUUUCUUUUUUUUUCUUUCACACGUUUGCUUUAUCUUAGCUCAGGCACUGACACGUACAGGACUUAUAUAUGAAUUGCACUCGUACUUUAUUAAAGCAAAUUCAUUUCAUGCCACAGUAUUCAAGAUGUCCCUGAAAAACAAAGCUGAAAAACACAAUAUAUUUCAAUGUCCACAGAGAC